UCACGAAGGACCUGUUGGCUUUGAGAAACACUGAAGUCGAGCAGCUAUAUAAAAGUACGAAUGAUAUGGAGGAAAGAAUUAAUUUGGAAAAAAUUAAGCAACAGAAUAUUCUUAAUACUUUGUCUGAGUCUGCAAGACAAAUCAAAAUAGGCAUAAGACAGCCGAGCAGGAGUCAGACACACGUGACGUAGAUGCUGCCAGGAGCAGGAGUGACUGUCUGGUUAGCGCUUCCAGCACUGCUGCUAGCUGCCGAGGACCUGGACUCUAGCACCUGCCUCACCCUCGACCCAUUCGACAGCGCGCUGCCCCAGACUACACAUUCGCCCUACACCCUCUCCUGUAGCAAGACUGGGAAGAUCACGAACCAGGACUCCGUCAUCUUCACAAUGAAAUCCUCGCGACCACGGGUCGACUUCCGACGGUUCGUCGUGCAGGCACUGGACCGCGAGAGCGGUGUGGCCGUGGGCAUGUUCGUGGACACAGGAGACGCCGACAUCACUGUCGUCAACUGUUUUGGUCGUUCUGAGAACACUGCGAUAGAGUUCGAUACAAAGCCGAAGACAGAAGCGCGCAUGAGAUGGAUGCCUGACUUUGACUACGCAGGCAAUAUCACAUUCUUGGCCACAAUUGUCCAGUCUGGGGAGAUAUUCUGGCUAAGAAAGAAGGGAGAUUCAAUAUCUGUAUAUAACCCUUGGUAGUUCUAUACAAAUUGUUGGUGUAUGUUUGUAUAUUUUCUUUACUGUAAGUCGUACUUAUUAUUGCAAACCUCUCUUUUACGCUAGGCGAAUUCUGUCAAUACACAAUAAACAAGGAAGUCAUUUUCUAAAAAUUAAAUAUUUCUAUGUUUGUCAUGAAAAAAAACAACAAAAUGAAACGACAACAUUAAUUAUUUGUACAUUUGCUAUUUGUUUUACUUACCAAAUUUUUGAUUGUAAUGCUGAAUAGAAAUCAUUGAGAACUAUAUCUAAUCCAAAAUACCAAACAUAUAUAUUACUGGAUGAGGAAAUAAUAUUAAGUAUAUUACACUACUAAAUGUUGAAGCAAAACAGUCUUGUUGUAGUUUGCUGAGUGCUAUAUAAAAGUUGUUUACAUAAUAUUUAUUUUUCAAUGUCUAAUAAACCAGAUUUCAAUAUGUUAA